AUGGCUUCCACCGACGAUCUCCCACCUCUCAACCAUUCACAAGAGUUCCAACUCACCCAGUCGCCCAACCCGCAGUGGCACUACGGGCAGAAGGUUGCCGACACUCCUGAGGGCAGAGCGUGGAUGGAGGGCGAGAAGGCCGGUUGGAAGGUUGUCGAUACGGCGAAAGAGGAUCCCAUGAAAGUGUAUUCGCUCAUGAACAGCGGGAUUGUCCCGCGACCGAUUGCGUUCGUGUCUACGGUCUCGGAGAGUGGAGUGGAGAACAUCUCGCCGUUCAGCUGGUUUAACAUGGUGACACAGAACCCACCGCUCGUGUUCAUCUCAUGCACCAACGGCCCCAAACGCGUCAAGGACACGACGAGCAACAUCAAGUCUACGAAAGGUUUUACCGUCAACCUCAUCAGCGAGCCAUGGGUGGAGGCGGCAAAUGCGUGCUCCAUUGAUGCGCCCUCGGGAGUCAGCGAGUGGCCACUGAGCGGACUAACGAAGGAGCCAAGCAUACACGUUAAGGCGCCGCGAGUAAAGGAGAGCGCGUUCAGCAUGGAAUGCGAGCUGUACCAAGCAAUCGAAAUUGUUCACCCGGAUACCGGUGUGAACACGAACACGAUGAUCCUUGGGCUGGUCAAGUACAUUCAUGUCCGCAAGGACAUACUGAACGAGCGGGACACUGUCGAUCCAGCAAAGUUCAAGGUAGUCGGGCGGUUGAGCGGCCUCGCAUAUGCUCACAUCGAGAGCGCGUACACGCUGAAGAGACCGGUGUGGGCUGAGGAAGAGAAGAGAAUACAGGCCGCAUUGAGUGGCUCGUCAUCUGGCGGUAAGCUAAAGUAUUGUCAUCACUAG